AUGGAGUAUUGCGAGGAGCAAGGAAUAAGGAGAUUUCUAACUGCAUCAUACUCUCCUCAACAAAACAGUGCGGCCGAGAGGAAGAACCAGACCAUUUUCGACAUGGUUCGAUCAAUUCUCAAGAGAAAGAAGAUGCCGAAGGAAUUCUGGACAGAAGCCGUGCAAUACAAACGGGUACAAGCUAUUCGAUCCGAUAAGCAAGAAGGUGAUGUACGAGUAAACGAAGCAAGCGAGUGGGACUGGAAUAAUUUGGCAGAGGCUAUCAUCGAAGUUGGAGAAUCAUCAGUCGUUGCACCAACAAGCAUACCAACAAACUCUGAAAAUAUUGAUGAUGAAGAUGAACCACGACAACCAAAAAUACGAAGUUUACAAGAUUUGUAUGAUUCGACAAAUGAAGUACACCAUGUAUGUGUUUUGGCAGAUGCUGAAAAUAUCAGCUUUAAAGAGGUGUUGCGAGACAAGUAG